GGGACCACGGGGUGGAGCUCUUGUCAGCCGAGGUUGGAAGGAGCAGCUACAAGCCAAGACGUGCUGACCUCCCCUGAGCUCCUCCGGCGGCUCGCAGGAUCUUCCCGACCCUGCAAGACUUGGCAAACUCCUACCUCUGCUCCCCGUUAGUUCCACCCCCUCCCCAGACUCCUCCCUCCGGGUCUCUCAUCCUCCUCGCUUUGCAGAAUUCAUCGCUUCUUCCAACACCUUUUUGUAACACCCCAGAGCUCCGAGUCCCUUAGCUGAAUUCGACUUUUGUUUUUAUUUCUCUCUCGCUUCCUUUUUCUGCCUCUCUCAUCUGAUUGAUGUGCGGAGGCUGACGCCUCUGCCAGAGUGAGAGGAAUAAAUAGAUGCUGCCUCGCCCAGAGGCUUAGACGCCUGGGAAGAGCAGCCAGCGCAGCAAGGCACCGGACUCCGCCAAGUGUGUGGACCGGACCGGAGGACUUGGAUCCAAGAGAGCUGUGAUUGAUUGUCGGAAGGGACAGCUCCCAGGUCGUUGUGCUCACGCCCGAAGUGCAGGAGACCGCGGAACGCGCCUCUCGCGUCCGCCGCCCGGCUGCGCCCUAUCCCAUCCUGCCGGGAUCAUGGUUUGCAGCGGCCCGGGACCGAUGCUGCUGUUACGGGCUGGGCUGCUAAUCCUGACUGCGCUCUGCCUGCUCCAGAUCCCCGGAGCCCGGGCAGCAGCCUGUGAGCCCGUCCGUAUCCCCUUGUGCAAGUCCCUGCCCUGGAACAUGACCAAGAUGCCCAACCACCUGCACCACAGCACCCAGGCUAACGCCAUCCUGGCCAUCGAACAAUUCGAAGGUCUGCUGGGCACCCAUUGCAGCCCGGAUCUGCUCUUCUUCCUCUGCGCCAUGUAUGCACCCAUCUGCACCAUCGACUUCCAGCACGAGCCCAUCAAGCCCUGCAAGUCUGUGUGUGAGCGCGCCCGGCAGGGCUGCGAGCCUAUCCUCAUCAAGUACCGUCACUCGUGGCCGGAGAGCCUGGCCUGCGAGGAGUUGCCUGUGUACGACCGUGGCGUGUGCAUCUCUCCUGAGGCCAUCGUCACCGCUGACGGAGCGGAUUUUCCUAUGGAUUCUAGUACUGGACACUGCAGAGGGGCGAGCAGCGAACGCUGCAAAUGUAAGCCUGUCAGAGCUACACAGAAGACGUAUUUCCGGAACAACUACAACUAUGUCAUCCGGGCCAAAGUUAAAGAGGUAAAGACCAAGUGCCAUGAUGUGACCGCUGUUGUGGAGGUGAAAGAGAUUGUAAAGUCAUCUCUUGUGAGCAUCCCAAAGGACACCAUCAACCUCUACACCACCUCUGGCUGCCUCUGCCCCCCGCUUCAUGUUAAUGAGGAAUACAUCAUCAUGGGCUACGAAGAUGAGGAACGCUCCAGGUUACUCUUGGUGGAAGGCUCUAUAGCUGAAAAGUGGAAGGACCGUCUUGGGAAGAAAGUCAAGCGCUGGGAUAUAAAACUCCGUCAUCUUGGACUGGGUAAAACGGAUGCCAGUGAUGCCACUCAGAGUCAGAAGUCUGGCAGGAACUCUAAUCCCCGGGCAGCGCGAAGCUGAGUCCUGAAACGCAAAAGGCCACACCCACGGGCUCCCUGCUAAGACUUGCAUUGCUGGACUAGCAAAGGCAAAUUGCACCACUGCACUCACGACCUGUUGUUUACUACAGAUGCUGUGUGGCAACUGACGUUACUUCUGCGUCCUCUGCUCCCGCUUCUUAAUGGCCUGGGUUAGAGCCUCAACUAUGUCAUACAUUCUAUUUUACUAACCACGAGGAAAGUGCUCUUUCACAAGAGCCGCAAUACAUUCGACAUGUGGAUGCUAAGGUCUCUGUACCAGGGUCCCGGGCUACUAACUUUGUCUUCUGUACCCAGAUUGAGAACGCAAUAUUGGAAGUAAAGAGACAUUUCUAGUAAUAUCUCGAAAACUAGAUACUGCUGUAAAAGAGACCCUGCUGGUGUACUUCCAGCCUUGUUUUUGUAUGCCCUUUGGGCAUUUUCCUCAUGCUAUGAAAGUUCUAAAUGUUUAUUAAAGGUAGAAUGGCAGUCUGGAAUUAGAUACUGCACAUGCAGAGCAAUGCAGCACCAGGAAGCAUUCAUGAGGAAAUGCCACACAGCAUGAAUAAUUUUCAAGAUUGGUGGGAAGCAAAAUAAAUAGUGGUAGGGGCCGAGAAAAGAAUAUUUUGCCCGACUAAGGAGCAUACUGGAACCAGCAGCCCUUGAGCCAUUAACAGCAGUGUUCCUCUGACAAUGUAUUUGAUUUAUUCAUAAAGAUAUUAAUGGGCAUUAGAGAAAGUCUUACAGCUAGACAUCACUAUAGCUCUGCUUCCUUAUAAAUAAAACCCACCAUAAGAUGCCCCCUACUUCCAUUCAUAAUACUUGCUUGCUGUAUUGACCAGAAAAAGAAAGUAUUAAAGCAGCAUGCAUGUGUACCAGGGUGUUAUUUUAAAGAGGUAUGCAACUCUAUAAAGUAUUGUAGUUUACAGGACAGUGAAAUGUGCAAAUUUGUUUUUAUUAUUAUUUUUUUGCUUUGGGCUUGUGAUUUUGUUUUUUUUUUGGUGUGUGUAUGUCUGUAUUUGUGCGGGGGGUGGGUCUCAACCAUCACACACCCAAGUUGGACUAGAUUGUAGGUCUGCUCAUUGGCCUAGACGGUUUCAUUUGCGUUUAAUGCUCAGUCAAAAUACCUAAUAAAAGGAAGCAUGGUUGUCCCGAGAGGGAUUAUUCUAACUUUUAAACAACAACAACAAAAACAUGCUUUUAUUAUUCAAGCUGCAGUGAGACCCCUAUAGGUCAUGGGAAACCUGUGAUGUCAAUUCUUUCUUCCUGCAGCAGGGAUCUUUAGAGCAUGUGCCAGUCACUUGAAAGCCUCGUUCUCUGCAGUUUACACAUGUCAUAGUAGUAGAUCCAGAUAUCUAAGCUAUGGUGUGCUGAAAAUAAAACAUAUA